AUGGGACCUAUUAUGGGACAUACAAUGCAUUACAAACGUAUGAUCAUUACGCUUCAACCGGGUUAUUCUAUUCCACCUCUUAGAAAGAAAAGAACUUAAAUAAAAAUACUUAAUAGCAUGGCGAUACAUUUAUACAAAACUUCUACCCCAAGCACACGCAAUGGAACAGUAGACAGUCAAGUGAAAUCCAAUCCACGAAAUAAUUUGAUCUAUGGACAGCGUCGUUGUGGUAAAGGUUGUAAUGCCAGAGGAAUAAUUACCGCAAGGCAUAGAGGGGGAGGUCAUAAGCGUCUAUACCUUAAAAUCAAUUUUCGACGGAAUAAAAAAGACAUAUAUGGUAAAAUCAUAACCAUAGAAUAUGACCCUAAUCAAAAUGCAUAUAUUUUUCUUAUACACUAUGGGGAUGGUGAGAAGAGAUAUAUUUUACAUCCCAGAGGGGCUAUAAUUGGAGAUACCAUUGUUUCUGGUACAGAAGUUCCUAUAAAAAUGGGAAAUGCCCUACCUUUGAGUGCAGUUUGAACUAUUGAUUUACGU